UUACAACAUCAAUUUCUCAAUGAUCACAUGUUUUUUUACAUGUUGUGUAAAAUGCUUCUAAUUAGAAUUCGAUAUUACUGAUUUUUUAUCAUAUUUUAUCUCCAUUGAAGACGAUAAUUACAUAUCGAGUGUGCUACUCUUUGACAUUCGUAUCGCGAGGAUGCAUCGCACCGGCAAACAUCACUGUGCAACAUUGUCGAGUAGCAACUCCGCAAUGUAUGCAGACAUCGGUUCUCGUUCAGGGUCGUCGGUUGGCCGUGCAUCUCGUGCGUAUAUUGCGUACGGGAUAACGGGAUGGUGCAAGGUAGUGGAAAUGAGUCAUUCGCUAUUGCACGCGCCACGACCUAUCGCGUAUAACCGAGCAAAUAAGUCACAAUAUGUCGUGCUGCGCUGAGGACGAUUGACGGCUGCUUACACCACGACCGUGAAUCCGAUACAGUAAUGUUGCAUGCAAAUUUCCAUUUAUCUCUGCAUCUUGCUAUCAUAGUGACUAGAUUGUUCGGACGCUAUUUACAUUGCAAUAAUACCUGCAUUGAAGGAUGUAACCGAUGUAUCUAAUCUUCAUAUGACUGUUAAAUUGUUAGAUUCUGCGGUAUCCAUCCCAUAGAUAUCUCGCAUGUCGUUCAUCGCCGUCUACGGUGGCUUUGAGCGGUGAAUGUAUAAUGACAAAAAUGUCGCAUAUUAUUAUGGGACAAGGCGCAGCAGGUGUGCGAGAGGUGUCGCGCGUUGACUUCCGACUAUAAUCGUCGGUGUGAUAUUGUCAUAAUGUCUCUCACCUCGCGAACAAACAGAUGGGCCUCGAGAGCGGUCGUUAUAUUACAACUGAUCAUCUGGAACGCUAUCGGUAUUUUCCUCCUUCAGAGAGGCGUCAGUUCCUUACGCAGAAAAAUGCUAGAAACAAACAACAUUAUUGAGAUAAAUCCAUCGAUAGGCCUUGGUGUCGAAUCCACUGUAUCGUCUAUGAGAUACAUCGAAAAUGAUUAUGAUCUUGCUAUAUCCGUCCAGCAACAAUUGGUCGAUAAGAACGCAAAGAUGAUAAUUGAAAUAAAUUCGGAGUCGCCCUUAGACAAUCAAAAUCGUCCUGGAUUAAAUGUAAUUAGAAGUACAUUGGGAGAUGCAUUCGAAAUUGUAACGGAAGAGGAACGAUCCACGCUGUCCUUUUUGGAUUCUCUAGAGGUCCCAAUGAUCAAUCAAGGAACACCAAGUUCGCCGAUGAAAAAUCAAUUAAUGAAUAUAAACCAGCGCGAUCUCGAAGGUAAAAGCACAGGGAACAGAAUUUCGAGAAUAGCUCGUGACAAAGAGCGUACUCUUGCUAACAGAAUCUCAGAAGUGGAGAAGGCUGUCACACAUUCAGAAUCGGAAUCAAUUUCGCAGGAGGAAGAGACCGAUGCGACGGGAAAGGAUUCUGAUUUCGUGGAAAACACAUCACGGCCUACGAUGCACAAAUUAUCGACGCAGAUAUCGUCAGUCCGUGAAAAAACCGGCGAUUACGGCGUAGACAAUCUUCGGAGAAACGAAAAUAGGAUAAAAUUUUCUCGCAUAAGCAACGGUAGCGCAGCGACGGCUGUUGCUAUGGUGGUGAUCGGAGUGAUUAUGCUGUUAUUGGGGCCAGCCAUGAUUAUUUUACGGGUUUUCGACGAGAGGAGGCGAGCGAGACAAAUGACUAUGUUAUCGGCUACUGCACGGGAGGAUUUGCCACCGAGUUACGAACAGGCCGUCUUCAUGAGCGAAGCGCCGAGAUAUUCAACGCUCGCUUUAAAUGACGAUCGCUCGUCGUCGCCUACGCCGCUUCCCUCAUCCUCUUAUACUUUUUCAGAUUUUGUAAUCAAAUCACAUUCUACGUAAAGAAUUGUGUUAUUUUUUUAUAUAAUAAACACAAGUUGUUUUACAUA